UGUUACUAUAGAGACUUGUGCAUGUCAAAACAGACAUUUAUUUUUAAUUGCUGCGGCACAGUCCUUUUAGUUGUUUUUUUAUUUUAAUACGGUUCUUUGUGUUACAUUUUUUAUCUUUCAAAAAUGUAUAGUUUACCCACUCAUAUGGGCGAUUGGUGGGAACAAAUGUCUACUAACGAUUUUAACAAGAAAAAAACAAUAAUAGAGAAGAAAUUGAGAUUAUUGAGUAGUCAGAGUUUGGAUUUAAUCAGGAAGAAAUUAUACACACCCGCCUCGAAAAUUCACGGAAAAGGCUACGUGGUGUAUGGUGACCCGUACCAAUUUGUUAAUGUGGAUUUUGGGAAGUCUAGUUUGGGUAAAAGUGAUCAAUUCCAUUUAAGUUUGGCUGGAACGUUGAACGAGAACGAAGUGAGACACAGUACCACGCUUUCUCACGACAGUCAAAUCUUGGCGACUCCCACAAUCACUCCGGUAAUGCGCAACACUUUCGUCUUGGAAAGUGCCAACAAGUGUUGGCCGUACAAGGGAAAUGCGGUUUACGAAGAGUGCAUCUACAUCAAAAUGCUCGAUUCCGCUGAACCUUUGUAUUUAUCGUUCUACACCACUUUUCUGACGCUCGGCCAGUUCAAUCCCGUAAGACUAAGCGCCACGCGUGACGAGCAUUGCAUGUUUAAAUUAGUUUUUUGGGAACCCAAGACUAGAUACGCAAAAUUUCGGACUAUCGAGUUGAACACUAGAGUACUCAUUAAACAUAUCUUGACUGGCAAAAAUUUGAUGGUGUCGCGGUCGAGUGUACCAACGAUAUUCGGUCGAGAGUAUGAGGUCACGUGUGACAUUUUAAGGGAUUCCCAUAAAAUGGAAACAGCCGAGAGCUUCUGGAUGAUUGUAUAAAAAUGAAAAUGAUUUAACCGUUGUGGUAGUUUAAGCUAUUAGAUUGGUUAAGUAUACAAAUAAUUGAGAUGGAUUUAAAAAAAGAAAUCUGCAAAAUUGAUUCAUUAAUGGACAGAUGUCGCCACAAAGUUAAAUUCGCACAGAAAUUAUCGAGGUUGGGUCAAACUUGGACAGAUGUCGCUACAAAAUUAAAAUUGAAUCAAUGCAAU